AGGCAUUUUAAUUUAUGUCUGAUAGUCACUUAAGUAGUUCAUACUUACCAUUAUAAACUAUUACGUUUCUCUCUUUUUAUUAUUCACCAUUGUUCACUGCUUUACUCAUAAUGGACGUAUCAAUUAAAAUUUCAUGAGAUUGCAAAGCACCGAAUCGUCAGUCAACAUUUACCUACCUUGGUUCAACUUCACUUUGAUUAACUGAGUAUUUUCUGAAAAAAAUAAAACUCUUCAGAUGCUUGACCUUAGUGAUUCACAAUGGCAAAAUCCUUUAUUAGAUUUCUGUUGAACUAUCUCCAAGACCCUUCUCAGAUAUUCGCCAAGUUAUUCGAUUAAUUUCUACAGACUUUCAUCAAUUUAUGGACAGUCAUUUGCAAAUACGCUUCGUUGAGGCGGGUAGAAAAAUUUAAAAAAUAAACUUUCACCAAGUCAAUUACACCUGUCACCAAUUUUCCCCAGCUAUGCAUGACACACUGAAAAUAACGAAAAGAAAUUAAUGCGUAUUAACAAGCACCUGAUUCCUUAUUCAUUAGAUUCACCUCGCUAUGCUUAUGCACUCCAUUCCGCCUAACAAAAUUGAACACUCAUUCGGUUAGAAGCACUCAGAGAAAAAUGUGGUUGACCUGAGCAGUAGUAGUCUUAUAAAAAAUAGUGUGCUCAGGGGACAAUACGAAUUUAUAGUUAAUAGAACUUAUUGCAUUAUGUUGUUCCGAACUAUGAACUUUACAUCUGACAAAAGUUUUAUGGUUAACGGUACAAUAAUGAAGACCUGGCCAUAUUUAAACAUUAGUGCGAUAAACAUGAGUUCUGCGACGGCGCAUCGUUCGACUAAUCGGGUGAUCACGUGCCUGAUAGCGGCUUAUCAGUAUAAAAGCGAGUUCUGGCCGGGGCAGUUGAAGUCUUACGAUCACGAGCAACGUGUCGAGGCCUGGAUAGAGCGAAACGUAAUUAAAAGCCCGUAACAAGUCAAAAAAUGGUGCUGUCCUGCUGGGAGAAAAUCACGAUCGUUGUGGUGGCAGCGGUAGGACUGAGGAUCCUGAUUCGGGCGAGUGGCCUCGCCUGGAAAAAGCUGAUCGCCCCGCAGCUUGGCCUUGGACUUGACGUCGCUUCCCAAGGUCGUUGGGCCGUCGUCACGGGCGCGACGGACGGAAUCGGGAAGGCCUUCGCCGAGGCGCUGGCUGCCAAAGGUUUGGACAUACUUUUGGUCUCCAGGUCACUGCCGAAGCUAGAGCAGGUCGCCACCGACAUAAAACAGCGGUUUGGAAUCGAGACUCGAGUCCUCGAGGCCGAUCUGACGCAAGGGCAGCCCGUCUAUGCGAAAAUCGCAACGUGCGUCGAGGAACUCGAGGUUGGCGUCUUGGUGAACAACGCGGGUACGAGCUACGAGCAUCCGGAAGUGUUCACGAAUCUCUCAGAGGAGACGAUCGCUCGUAUACUGCAGCUCAAUGUUGCCGGAGUGACGGGGGUUGCCCGGGCAAUACUUCCAGGAAUGAUGGAGCGCCGGAAGGGGGUGAUAAUAAACAUCAGUUCGACGUCAGCGGCCAUUCCUAGUCCCUAUUUGUCCGUCUAUUCGGCGAGCAAAUCGUACGUUGACAAAUUGAGUGCCGAUCUUGCGGUCGAAGCUGCGCCACGUGGUGUCACGGUGCAAUGCGUUCUUCCGGGUCCGGUUGCCACUAAAAUGUCGAAAAUCAGGAGGUCAACUUGGAUGGCACCGUCGCCGGAAAAGUUCGUCGAGUCGUUAUUGAAGACGGUGGGCAUCGAAUCUCGAACAACGGGCUAUUUUCCGCACUCUCUGCUAGUCGGUACAAUCAACGCGAUUCGGUGCGUGUGCGACAAAGCGGCAAUUUGGCUGAUCGCGAGAACGAUGUUGAACCUCAGGAACCGCGCUCUGAGGAAAAAGGACAAGGACGAGCAGAAGACCGUCGAAUCGAUUCCGAAUCGGCCGACUCAAGCCACGACUGAUUGAUCGAGGAAGGGGGAAAAAGUCUUGGAGAUUUUUCCUCACCUCGAUGCAAAGAAAUCCUGACUUUUUAUAAUCGCUUGUUUUGUUUCUGUUUCACACUUUCUCACGCCAAUCGUUGGCUAGAAUAAAUUGUUAUCGUUGAUCAUAAA